GACCGCAGGGGAGUAUGGCUGCGUCAAAAGUUUUAUCGCGAUCUCGCACUCACUGUUUACAUUCGCUAUAACGUGACGCGAACAACAACACAAACUUUUUAGUGUGGACUAUAAAGUGUUUAAAAGUUUUUACAACCACUCGUAGUGAUACAUAAGUAACAAAUGUACUAUAUUAUUGUGGAAACAUGAUGAAGAACUUUUGUGGAAUGAUUUCGUUAAAAGUUUGGAUAUGUUUGGUUUUGGUGGCCGGUGCGCGCGCACGUUCCGCGCCGCCCGCCCCCGCCGGCUGUCACUGGGACUAUUCGGACGCUAAGCUGAGUGAAUCAAACUUUCUCACGUGUAACAUCAAAACGAUCGGUUCAGUAGACUUUUUGUUUAAAAACAUAACCACUGCGCAGGCGUACAACGUCAACAAGUUAAAGUUGACAUGCACCGAUUUGCUUUUCUUCGAGAGCUCUCUGCACAUGAAUACGGGUAGCUUUUUGGGACAGCUGCGGAAAUUGGAAGACUUGCGCAUUGAAUACUGCAAAAUACGCUACGUGCCUGCAACUGUUUUGUCACCGCUUCGUGAUUUGACUAGUUUGACACUUCGCUCGUAUAACACGGAUUGGCCCGCCAUGACAAUGGAAUUUCACGCCGAAAGUUUUCGUGGACUGAUGGAACUUCGGACUUUGGAUUUAGGUGACAACAAUAUUUACAUGUUACCUUCUGAAGUGUUCUGCCCUCUAUUCAGUUUGGAGUCGUUGAACCUUACGAAUAACAGAAUUCAAGACAUUUCCGAAAUCGGUUUCUCCGAUUGGGGUAAGGGGCCGAUCGCUCCGGGUAAAUCAUGCAACACUGGAUUGAAGGCCCUCGAUUUAUCUCACAACAAUAUACUACGACUUCCCGAUAACGGUUUAUCAAGUCUUCGAUCGUUGGAAGUUUUAAAUAUUCAAAACAACUUAAUAAAUGAAAUAGGCGACCGGGCUUUUGUCGGAUUGAAUUCAUUAAAAAUUCUGAACUUGUCGGGGAAUAAGUUAGUCGCUGUCCCUCCAGAACUAUUUCAAUCAUCACGAGUUAUCAAAGAAAUCUCAUUAGCAAAUAAUUCGCUUUCGGUAUUGGCUCCAGGAUUAUUGGAAGGUCUUGAUCAACUUGAGAAAUUGGACUUAUCUAAGAAUCGGCUUACAAACGAUUGGGUCAAUAGAGACACAUUUGCGGGACUUAUUCGUCUUGUCAUAUUGAAUUUAUCUCAUAAUUCUCUUGCCCGUUUGGACCCAAAAACAUUCCAUGACUUGAAUAACUUACAAGUAUUGAAUUUAGACAACAAUAUGAUUGAGAUUGUAAGUAACGGCGCUUUUGCUGAACUGAAGAACCUACAUCAGCUUUCUAUAUCAGAUAACAAAAUAAAGACGCUCAAUGAACAUAUUUUUUCCAACUUGUUUGUACUCAGCCAGCUUUAUCUUGACAACAAUCACAUUUCUUCGAUUCACGAACACUGCUUCGAGAAUAUAACUUAUUUACAAGAUUUGGGUUUAAACGGAAAUUAUCUUAAUGUUAUUCCCGACGGCAUAAAAAAGUUAAGAUUUUUAAAAUCGCUUGAUAUUGGCAAGAAUAAUAUUACAAACGUAUUUAAUACAUCUUUUGAAGGAUUAGAAGAGUUGUAUGGUUUGCGACUUGUAGAUAAUCAUAUAGUCAGCAUACCUAAGGACACUUUCAGUACUUUACCAUCAUUACAAGUACUAAAUUUGGCUUCAAAUAAAAUCGAAACUAUAGAACAAGAUGCCUUUGUGUCCAACCCCACAUUAAAAGCCAUACGUUUAGACGGAAACAAAUUAACUGACAUCCGAGGAGUUUUUAACAAAUUAAGUACCUUAGGAUGGCUUAACAUAUCCGAUAACAAACUUAUAUACUUCGAAUACAGUUACAUGCCCGAGAGCCUUGAAUGGCUGGAUAUUCACAAUAACAAUAUCACGAAACUAGAAAAUGAGCACAAUACACAACUAAACAUCCGAAUGCUCGACAUAAGCUACAAUGCAUUGGAAAACAUCGAUGAGCGGUCCAUACCUGACUCUAUUGAGGUUAUUUUUUUUAACAAUAAUAAAAUUCACACGAUUCAGCCGGGUACGUUUUUACAAAAGAGGAAUUUAGAAAAAGUCGUCGUGACAGACAAUAAAUUGAGGACCGUCGAGCUAUCAGCGUUUACUUUGCCCCAUAUACCGAAGCACAGAGCGCUACCAAAAUUCUUUAUUGGAAAUAAUCCAUUUGUCUGCAACUGUCACAUGAUUUGGCUACAAAAGAUAAAUCUUUGGAAUCAUAUGAGACAAUAUCCAAGAUUCAUGGAUUUAGAAUCCGUAACGUGCGAAGUUGUUAAUAACAAAUAUGGCGGAAAAGCCAACUUAAUGGAUGUUCCUGAGACACAGUUCCUUUGUUCGUAUGAAACUCAUUGUUCUUCUAGCUGCUUUUGUUGUGACUUUGAAGCUUGUGACUGCAAAAUGACAUGUCCCGAGGGUUGUUCUUGCUUUCACGAUAGCAAUUGGAACUCGAAUGUAAUAGAUUGUUCUAAUGUAGGUUACACAGAAGUUCCUGAAAAAAUACCGAUGGAUGCUACUGAGUUAUAUCUAGAUGGGAACGACUUCGGAAUUCUCGGAAGUCAUUUGUUCAUUGGCAAGAAAAAGUUACACAAACUUUACCUUAACAACAGCAAUAUCAACAGUAUUGAAAAUGACACAUUGAACGGUCUUCAUUCUCUUAACAUUCUUCAUUUGGAAAACAACCACCUCACGGAGCUUUCUGGUGCAGAAUUCUCGCAAACAAAGCACUUAAGAGAGUUAUACUUAAAUGAUAACCUCAUUACAAGUGUAGGGAAUAAAACUUUUGAAAAUCUAUUUUCUUUAAGGGUUGCACAUUUUCAAGGCAAUAAAAUCUUGGACCUUGACAAAAAGCUAACCCAUAUCACACCCUUGGAGAGCGUUAAUGUGCAAGGAAACAUCUUUACAUGCUCUUGCGAGAACAUAAUGGCUCUGCAGAACUGGCUUAAGAAGAUCUACGAAGAUCCCGUCGAAGUGUAUUGUGGUGGUGAAAAUGGACUUAUUUCUAACCAAACUGUGUACGAUACGAUCGAUAAGUGCCGCGGGUCAAGUGUUAUGGACAAUACAAUACCUACUGAAAACCAGCCGUAUCAGUACGACGAAGUGAGCACGAUCAAACUGAACUUUGUGCCGCUGUUAGCAGUAGUUUUGAUAAGUGUAAUCCUUAUUCUGUUGUUUGGUGCCUUAGCGUUUUCUUUCAGACAGAAUGUUCGUCUGUGGGCUCAUUCCAAGUAUGGAGUCAGAUUGUUUAAAAGUGCAUCGAUUCAAGAGAGUGAGCUCGACAGAGACAGGCUGUACGACGGAUACGCUGUAUAUAGUUUAUUAGAUGACGACUUUGUAUCAAAGGUGGUUGCUCCUGAAAUGGAACAUUCCGGUUACACAAUGUGUUUCCAUUACAGAGAUCUACAACACGCCCCUGAGAAUUAUUUGUCUGAGCAGAUAACAAACGCUGCCGAAUCGUCUAAGAGAAUAAUUGUAUUUGUAUCGUUUAAUUUCUUACAAAACGAAUGGUCCAAAGCCACAUUCAAAGCAGCUAUAAAACAUGUCAUUACUUCCAUUCAUCCUUCUAUUAGACGCCACCGGGUCAUUUUUAUAUUAACGACAGACGUAAGUGCACUCAAUUUAGAUUUAGACUUCCAGAGUUAUUUAAAGUCUUGCAACGUUUUGUUAUGGGGCGAAAAGAAAUUCUGGGAAAAAAUUAGGUUUGUAAUGCCAGAUAUUUCUAAUUUGCAUUGGAAUAAAGACACAAUGAAUUACAACCCUGGCGUGUGUCCAAACGCGCGAAGGCAUCCUUCUAGAUAUACGGCCUCGCCAACUGCGCCGGAACAUUGGUAUAAAUACGAUGCAAUUCCUCCGCAGACACCUACAACUGCUAAUGUAGGCGUAAAUAUUGAAGACGACACGUCCAUGUUAACGAACACCACGUUGACGAGUCAGAUACAAGACGGUGAGAAUUUGCAUCAUAGUUAUAUUUCUAUAGACACACAAAAUUAUGAGCAGCCAUACGGCGGCCGGCCUAGGCCUCCUAACACGUUACGCAAACAUCCCGGCCAUCACUCCCCCUCGAUGCUCGACGAGCAAGGCUACUUACAACCGCGCUCCUCUGUGCACGACUGCUUGCCACAAACUCAUUCAGCCGCGCACAGAUGAUAAGAUUGUUUAAAACUCUCCUUAUCUCAGGAUGAUAUUUCUUAAUGGAACGGCACAUUCCAAGCACAUGUGUAGACUAGACUGCUUUUUAUGUUGGCCUUAUUGAAACUCGACAGGUGAUAAUUUUACAAAAGUGGCGGUUAAGAUAAUUUGGCCAAAUGUUGGUGACUUUGUUCCUUAGUAGUGUACAUUGAACUUUUGAUGAGACUGUGUUAAAAUCUAUUUAAAACGUAUCUAUGUAGGGAGCCUUGUAACAACUAUGUUAAAAUUGUUGUUGUCUGUUAAGACUGAUAUCCAUGUAUGUUUGCCAGUAUCAAAGUGAAUAAAGCAUGUAUAAGUAUUUUGGUAUAGUAUAUUAAUGUCAUUGUUACCAAAUAUUUUGUAGAUAGAUAUUGUGACUAAUCAUUGUAUAGAGUUAUUGAAUAUUGUAUAGUAUCACUAGUCAUUAGCUAGGAAUUGAAUAGUGUUGAACAUUUUAGAUAGGUAUUCGGCUGCAUAGUUUAUAAUAUCACUCACAAAUUAAGUUAUAUCUGCGUCUAGUUGGUAUCAUUAAUUAUGUGGCUACUUGUAUGUAUGUAUACUAUAUUGUCGACUGUUGAAUAUUACACUAAAUUAAAAAUAAAACAAUUAUAAUAUAAAACGUUUUU